AUGAUCGAGUGCUCUGUGUUUGGGUAUCUGGAGGAGGUUGACUGCAUUUGCAACCAUCUGAGGCUGUACAAAAGGACAGACAGGACUGUCAACGAAAGCAUAUACUCCAACGGAUUGAACACUCUGCUUGUAUCCGAAGAGAGCGACGGGGUCUAUUUGGUGAGCAGAGGGGCUCCAGACAGGAACAAGAACAGGAUGUCUCUCUGCUCGAAAGUGCAAAGAUCCAGAAUUAGAACACUGGACACCCUAGGGAUGUUCCUGUCCUCACUCGGAUUUGAGCUGGUGAGGCGCGGAACGGUUACGUCGACUGUUUUUGAGAAGGGUCCGGCCUAUGUCGAGAUAUCAAGAUAUGCACCUGAGGAGAGUGGUUGCCGUGAGGACAAGAAGACAGGCGGAUAUCACCUGGUCAAGGUGUUCGCAACUGCAGAGAAUGCAUAUGACGGAGAAAAAAUACUAAGCAAGAUGAUUGAGGAGCUGGAGGACCAAGUCCAGCUUUUAAGGCCUUCAAUAAAAUGA